AUGUAGUACACUUUUAAAAGUAAACAUGAAUGGUGAUGAUAAGUUUCAAGACAAUAUAACUUGUGGAAACCGUAAUUGGACUGAUGACCUGCCCAUUUGUCAAUUCACUGGUUGUGGUCAUUCACAAAAUCAAGUAUAUUUACGGGAUGGGCGCAUAAAAGACUCACACGGAGAUUAUGAGAAAAAACUUUAUUGUUGCUACGAUCUUCACAAUUUUCUUUAUUCAGUUUGUUCUGGAUUCAAUGGAGUGAGAGUGUCUGAUUUUUGCUUGAGUCGAAUGACUGCUGACAUCUUGUUAGGUGGUGGAAUUGCUGCUGGUAAAUCUGAUGAAGAUAUCAAAGAACUUUUGAAAACAACAUUUCUGUCAGCCGAAAAAGGAUAUAAUACUUCAAUAGAUAACCUGUUGGCGACGAAACAGCAACUUCAAUUUCAAAUUCUUGAUCUAUCACAGUACGAAAUUUCACAGAAAUACGAGGAUGUGUUGAAUCGUCUCAAUGCAAUAAAUAAGGAACUGUCUAUUGGAUCGUCUGUUCUUAUCGCCUUAAUAACUAACAAAAAACUUUAUAUCGCUAAUCUUGGAAUUUGUAGAGCUCUUUUAGUGAAGAAUGAUGUUAAGAACGAUGUUCUUCGUGUAAUACAAGUAACGGUCGACCAUAAUCUUUCUAAUGAAGAUGAAUUGCUGAGAUUAUACGGCUUAGGAUUGGAUGCGGGAUCAUUAAAACAAAAAAUAUCAACAACGAGAUGCAUCGGUAACUACAUUGGCAAAGGUGGAUACAAAGAUUCAGAACUUUUAUCGCAGGCCAGUAGUGAACCAAUUUCUAGUAAUCCAGAAAUCAUUGGGCCAAUCACCAUUGACGAGUCAGCAAGAUUUCUUCUUCUUCUCUCUGGAGGAUUGUGCAAAGUUCUCAUGGAACUUUUUUCUGAAGAUCUAAAUAUUGUCAACAAGGAAUUGGUGUCAAUUGUUGUUCAGCAGUUUAAUAAACAAUCUACGCUAGUGGGUGUCAGUCAAAGUACUAUUAAUCACAUUUCACAACUUCAUCAUGAUUUUUACUUGAAGAAAAAAGUUAGUGGUGAUGAGUAUCCUUUCAAUGCACGCGAUGAUAUGACUCUUAUGAUCAGAAAUUUUUCUUUUGAUAUGCCAAACUCCAUUGAGAACAAUAAACAACCCUCAAUGGCAUCGAGUUUAUCUGGAACACCAAUAGCAAAUACAAAUACUUCAUAUUCUUCAACAAAUACAAGUAUCAACUACAGCUCCUAUCCUACUUAUAUGGGCAAUUAUUUUUCUUCAACUUUCAAUAUGUCCGACAUUGAAGACCACACAGACCAUUUGGACGCAGUUAGUGACAGCGAUGACGACUUAUUUCAAAACAUUCAGGAAAAUGAUCUUUCUGAGCACUACCUCGUCAUCAUCCUUCGUCAACUAAUCGACAGCGGAGAAAUUCAUUUGUUGUCACACACUCCAAUGCGAGAAGGGCAACUUCCAAAAAUCACCAAAGGUCCAAACAUGGAGAAGCUCAAGGAGAGUCCUCUUUAUAACCAAAUAAGAAGUUCUUCUGGCUUUGGAAAACAAGUCGAUGAAAACAUAGACAGCAAAUGGUCGAUGUUGAAAAUUCUCAAUAAUCGACAAAAUUAUGGAACAAUGUUGCGAAAUGAAAAAUGUAAAAUUAAUAAUUUGUUUCUUCCUAAUCAAAGUGAACGUCCACUUGUGAGAUUAGAUUCUAAAGUGUUUUGCGGCAGUUUUACACGGGAUGGAAGUCGAUUUGUUACAGGGAGUCAGGAUCAAGAAAUUCGUAUUUUUGACUCGUCAACAUCAAACUACAAUGAACUUAAUCAUAUUCAAGCAAAACAUGUCAGCUGGUGCAUUCUGGAUAUUGCUUUUAGUCCAUGCUCAAAAUAUUUUGCAUAUUCAACAUGGGCGGAAUGUUUACACAUUUGUCCCUUAAGCGGCGAAGAUGAAGACAUAAAAUGUUUGAACUUAAACACAGGCGUCAAUCGCUUUGGUGCUUUUUCAUUAGCAUUCUCUAACAAUGGAAAAGAAAUUAUCAGUGGUGGAUCCGAUGCCAGUGUAUACAUAUUUGAUCGUGAACGGAAUGAAAGAACACUAAAAGUUCCUGUUAGAAAAGACGGCUUAGCUACUGACGUCAAUUGUGUCGGUUUCGUGGAUGAAUCAUCCCAGUUAUUUUAUUCUGGAAGUGAUGAUGCUUGUAUUAGAAUUUGGGAUCGUCGAUGUCUGAAUGAAAACGAUCCAGAAGCUUCAGGUUUAUUGUUAGGUCAUAUUGAUGGUAUUACAUAUAUCGACUCAAAAAACGAUGGCCGUUAUCUUUUAUCAAAUUCAAAAGAUCAAUCAUUAAAGCUUUGGGAUAUGCGACAUUUUUCGCCAAAAGAAUGCGAAGGAAAUAUUCGUCAAGUGCUACAAUCACGAAACUGGGAUUAUCGUUGGGAUAAAGUGCCGAAAAGUUAUUAUAACGCAACAAAACCAAUCGAAGGCGACACAUCAAUUGUAACACUUAAAGGUCAUCGUGUUCAAAAAAGUUUGAUUCGUGCUAAAUUUUCACCAGCAGCUACAACAGGACAACGAUAUAUUUAUACAGGCUGUUCAACAGGACGAUUAAUUAUUUAUGAUAUUCUGACUGGUAAAAUGGUAGGUGGAGGCAUUGAAGGCCACAAAGAUAUUGUCCGUGAUGUUGCAUGGCAUCCGAAACGAAAUGAGAUAUUAACAAGCUCGUGGGAUUACAGUGUUAACAUCAAUACAUUUCAAGAUAAAUCAACAGAAAAGAAAAGAACUCGAGGAAAUGUAAUGCCACAUGACUAUAUGGGUGAUGAUGACGGAAACUUAAUGGAUAUAGCACCACCAUUAAGACGCUCACGGAGAAUUGCGCAACGACAAGCUUCUGGUUCAUCAAGUUCUCGAAGCACUGAAAGAAACUAAUUUACUGUUUAUUUAUACUUGCAAAUGAAAUAAAUAAAUAUAUUGAUUUAUUUAAACAAAAUGAAAAAUUAGUAUUUAACAAGAAUUCAUUUAUUUGGCGCGAUUAUAUUUAACCCAGAAGUUACUUAAUUUAAAUAACUUGAAUGCUUUUCUUUAUUUUUUUAAUUUUACUCAUAAUCUUUCUUGGAUUUCCUUUUUGUCGUGUCGUCAUAUUCUCGAUAUUAAACAAAGAAUAUUUGUCAGUGUUCAUGAAAUUAUCAACAGCUUUUGUUUGUACGACUUUAAUUUCAAUGUUUUCCGUAAGGCCAUAACCGAUGAUAUUAGCAAUAUUGGAGUUUAUAAAUUCAUCAACAGUCAUGCACUUUAACUUUUGUGCAACUUGUGAAGGAAUCUGAAUAACGUUAGUGUUGUGAACUGUAUUUAAGCCUUUGGGAACUUUUUCCUCGUUGGAUUCAUCAGGAACACAUUGCGGAAGCGAUUCAUUUUCUUUUUUAUUUACUUGCUCUGAUAAUUCUGUAUUCUCAUUUUCUAAGUUGUGAUUAUUGGCUAUAUCUUUAGAUUUUUUAGAUUUCCGUGCCUUGAUUUGUUUGAGCGAAGUAUCUUCAUUUGUAAUUUCUUCGUUUUUAGGUUUUUUUGAUUUCUUUUUCAUGACAUUGGAGGACAACUCUUUUUGUUCGUCAAUCGUAUCUUGCUUAUCUUUCAAUUCGUUGUUAUCGAAGGAAACAACUUCUAUCUGAGCUAAAUGUCUUUUUUUCUUUUUUUUAGGCUUUUCUAUAUUUUGCGUAUUACUUUCAUAAAUAUUGAGUGAAAUUCUGAUUUCAUCAUUAUCAGAAGCCUCAGCUUCUUCCUGAAUGAUUUUUCUCUUUUUUGAUUUAGAGAUUUUUUCAUUUUCAGUAGUUUCUUCAGCAGGUGAGCUUUCUAGUGAAGUUUCAGAAUGUUUUGAUUUCAUUUUCUGCUUAAAAUAAUCAGUAACUGAAAGUCCAGACUCAAUUAUCAUGUUAUUACUAUUACUAGGAGAAGGAGUUGAUUUUUCUUCAAAAGUGUUUUGACUCACUGGAUCUGUAGUUUGAUCAUUUCUCUUUAAUGUUUUCUUCCCUAAAAUAUUUGCCAAAUCUUUUUCACUAUAAGAAUGAACGUCUUUUCCACGGGUAAACUUUUUGUAGUGAACUCUUGCACGAGACCUUUUAGAUUUCUCUUCCAAAGACUUUACAUUCCUCAACUCAUUAAUGUUUUUAUCUUCAUUAUUACUUGAACUGGAUCCAUUAAGUUUCUUAAGUAAAUCAUCAAAUUGUGACUCAUUUUCUGUCCAUUGAUUGUCUUUAAGUCCAUCAUAUCCUAAACCAUUAGCAUUAUUUUUAUAUCGUAUUUGUAUAAACUCAAGAUUUCCAUGUUGCUCUUUUCCAAGUCCUUGUCCUUUAUUCCAACCCAUUUUUGCUAACAUUCUCGAUCCAAAAGAGGAAUCAUCUAGAAAAGAGCUUUUCCCCUGGGUUGAAGAACAAGAACUUGUUUUUUUCUACUUGCUUCAAAUGUCAUUUUUAUCGGCAG